UGGAGACACACGCAAUGUUGGGAAAAUCCAACAAGCGCUGCUUAUCACAGAGGUCUAUCCGUGCGUGGGUUGCGAUGGUUGCAGGCUAGACCCGUCGUCGAAGAAGAACAGUAAAAGUUGUAGAAGGCCCUCAGUAAAGAAGUUGCCGAGCACACCAAAAUAGGUUCAAUAUUCGUCUUUAACUGUGUCGUUGUAUUAGAUUAGACUCGCGAGUGAUUAGCGCGUGAGAAGAGCUUCUGUGUUUCGAUUACGAUAAGAAAUCUACUACCGAAAGCGUUCAAUUCGGGCACCUGAUAAUGGCAAUAACUUGGGUAUAUAAAACCUGCCCCACAGCACCCACAUUCGACAGUUAAGCUUUGGAAGCCGAGUUAUUCGCUUGAUAUAGGCAACAAGAUGAACAAGUUCGCCGCCGUGUUGGUGUUGGCCGCCGUUUGCCUGGCAGGCGUUUCGGCCCAGUGUCCCCGUAUUGUGACCCGUGCCCAAUGGGGUGCCCGUGGUGCUAGCACCUCCCAGCUGCCGAUCCGUCCGGCACCGUGGGUCGUGAUGCAUCAUACGGCCGGUGCUCACUGCACUACGGAUGCCGCCUGUGCCCAGCAGAUGCGCAACAUCCAGUCCUUCCACAUGGACGGAAACGGUUGGGCUGACAUCGGCUACAACUUCCUGGUCGGUGAGAACGGUGCCGCCUACGAGGGCCGCGGCUGGGGUCGUCAGGGAGCACACGCACCCGGCUACAACGAUCGCUCGGUCGGCAUGGGUGUGAUGGGCACGUUCACCAACGGUAUCCCGAAUGCGGCCGCUCGUAAUGCCGCCCAGCAGCUGAUCAGCUGCGGUGUUUCGCUGGGUCACAUCGCCUCCAACUACUGGCUGAUUGGACACCGACAGGCCGUCGCUACCGCUUGCCCCGGUAAUGCGUUCUUCAACGAGAUCCGCAACUGGCCACGCUUCAACCCGAACGUGUAAAGUCUGUCCGUUUUGUUUAGAAAUAUAAAGUAUAGUGUUAGGAAGAUCUCUUUUACAAAAUCGUA